AUGGCUGCCGCGAACACCAUCUUCCCCAAGAGCCACGUCGGUUUUGACAGCAUUACUUCUCAGAUUGAGAAGAAGCUGUUGAAGCGUGGUUUCCAGUUUAACGUUAUUUGCGUUGGCCAGACUGGUCUGGGCAAGUCAACCCUGAUCAACACCAUCUUCGCUUCGCACCUCAUCGACUCCAAGGGUCGUCUGCAGCCUGAUGAGGCUAUUCGCUCUACCACCGAGAUUCAGAGCGUUUCCCACAUCAUUGAGGAGAACGGCGUUCGGUUGAGGCUCAACAUUGUCGAUACCCCCGGUUAUGGCGACCUGGUCAACAACGACCGCUGCUGGGACCCCAUUGUCAAGUAUAUCAAGGACCAGCACUCCGCCUACCUACGAAAGGAGCUCACUGCUCAGCGAGAACGCUAUAUUCAGGACACCCGCAUUCAUUGCUGCUUGUUCUUCAUCCAGCCUUCAGGCCACUCACUGAAGCCCAUUGAUAUUGUUGUCUUGAAGAAGCUGUCCGAUGUCGUCAACGUCGUUCCCGUCAUUGCCAAAGCCGAUACAUUGACGGUUGAGGAGCGCCAGGCUUUCAAGGAACGCAUCAAGGAGGAAUUUUCUUUCCACAACCUUAAGAUGUACCCAUAUGACAAUGAAGAGUUUGAUGAUGAGGAGCGUUCCCUGAACGGGCAGAUCAAGGGUCUCGUUCCAUUUGCUGUUGUUGGCUCCGAAAAGUCCAUUAUGAUUGAUGGCAAGCAGGUCCGCGGUCGCCAGAAUCGAUGGGGUGUCAUCAACGUCGAGGACGAGAACCAUUGCGAAUUUGUUUACCUCCGCAACUUCCUUCUCCGAACCCAUCUCCAGGAUCUUAUCGAGACUACUUCUCAGAUCCAUUACGAGACCUUCCGUGCGAAGCAGCUGUUGGCCCUCAAGGAGAGCAGUGCGCAUGGUGGCGGCGCAAGCAGCAGACCCAUCAGCCCUGCUGCAGACCGAGAAUUGAGCCGCAGCUCGCAAAGAAUGGCCAUGAAUGGCUACUAA